CUCAAUCAUUUCCUUGGAAACCAUUUUUUAUUGAGAUCAAGAAAAUGGGGGAAGAAGGACAGGUGAUUAGUUGCCACACUGUUGAUGCCUGGAAUCACCAUAUCAAAAAGGACAAGAACAAAUUGAUAGUUGUGGACUUUGCUGCAUCUUGGUGUGGACCUUGCAAGGUCAUUGCUCCAUUUGUAGCAGAACUAGCUAAAUCAAUGCCCCAUGUCACCUUCCUCAAAGUUGAUGUAGAUGAGCUAAAGGAGAUUGCAUCAGACUGGGAGGUGGAAGCAAUGCCAACAUUCUUGUUGCUGAAAAAUGAGAAGACUGUUGCAAAGGUUGUAGGGGCAAAAAAGGAUGAACUUCAACAGACAAUCAUUAAACAUUCAGGUAACACAAGCAUAAGUGGAUGAAAGCAUACACUUUGGGAGGAUUCGGUUAAUUUCAAUGUAUCGGUUUUUCCAUGUUGAUUGAUUGUAAUAAGCUGUGUUCGUUAGCACCUCGUUUUAUUGGUUGUGAAAGUUAAUAAAAUC